GCACUGGAUUUGUCCUCUUUUGCCCUUGCCAACUGAUCAAGUUGGCAAGAACAAGAGGAGACAAAUGCCUCCAUUUGAAAAAAAAAAAGUUGGGAGGACCAGGACAGGGCUUAAAAAAAGGGACUGUGCUGGCCAAAAUGGGACAUAUGGUCCCUCUACCAGUUGCAGCUCUACCCACUAGCCUAAUCUGAUCCAUUUGCUAAGGCAGAUUUAAAUCAUCCAGCCCUGCGGUAGGGAUGCAGGUCUCUUCCCAUAGCUCUGUUACAAAGCAGCGAUCAUAGUGUUCCUAAAAUAAAGUGUCAGGGCAAACACUAUUUGUCCACAAGAAGAAGACAGCUCGUGUAAGGGGAAGGAGUUCAGUGCAGCACAGCCCAGCAGCAGCAGCAGGUAUAGAAGCCGUCAGUGGACUCUGGUGUGCCUGGAGCCACAUGUUUCUCUAUGGCUGAAGCAGAAAAUCAGAAACAACUUCUCAGGCUGAUUCAAGAAGGCAGGCUAGACCUUUUCAAAGAGGAGUUGCAGAGAGAUGAGGAAAUGAGCAAGGAAGUGCGGCGGAAACACUAUGGGAAAUCUGGGGAUACUCUACUGCACUAUGCAGCCAGGCACGGUCACCUGAAUGUUCUGACCCAUUUAGUUGAAGCCUUGGAAAUGGACAUUGAGAUGUUUAAUAAUGACUACAAAAGGCCCCUCCACGAAGCAGCUUCCAUGGGUCAUAAGGAUUGUGUGUUGUAUCUGCUGGAUAAAGGUGCAAGGAUAGACUGCUUGAAAAAGGCAGACUGGACUCCUCUCAUGAUGGCUUGCACCAGGAAGAACGUGGAGGUGAUUAAAGAUCUCAUUGAGCAUGGAGCAAACCCAUUGUUAAAGAACAAAGAUGGCUGGAAUUGCUUCCAUAUAGCAAGUCGAGAGGGUGAUCCACAAAUCAUCCGGUACUUGCUUACUGUAUCUCCGAGCAGCUGGAAUACAGAAAGCAAAAUAAAGAGAACUCCUCUGCACACGGCAGCAAUGCACGGCUGUUUUGACGUAGUGAAAGCACUUCUUGAGCGGUGCCCAUAUGAACCUGACAGCAGGGACAAAUGCGGAGUGACUCCCUUUAUGGACGCGAUACAGAACGGGCACAUUGACAUAGCCCAGCUACUUCUAGAAAAGCAUAAGGUCUGUUAUACCGCUGCAGAUGCUGUAGGUGCUCGGCCUUUGCACCAGGCAGCAGUCACGGCCCAGGACGAAGCCAUCCGGUUCCUUGUCUCUGAUCUCGGUGCCGAUGUCAAUGAGAGAGCAACGUCAAUCCAACUCACGGCGCUACAUUAUGCAGCCAAGGAAGGGCAUACAAGUACCGUCCAAAUGCUCUUGUCCCUCGGCGCUGAUCUGCAUGCUAAAGAUGGGAAAAGUCGAUCUGCCCUGCACAUGGCCUGUGCAGGCCAGCACGCAGCCUGUGUGUGGCUUCUCCUGCAGGCUGGAUUGCAGGACUCUCUGGACGACACUGGAACAUUUGCACAGCAGCUUGCCAAGAAACCGGACGUCCUACAGCUUUUCAAGGGAAUAAAUGUUAGUGCAUGAAACUGACAGAGGAGAGAAUAAAAGUUUGUUUUCAGCA